AAGCCAUUUUCACCUGCGUAAUAAGCGCUAGCGGAGAUACAGCGGCAGCAGCGGCGGCAGCUCCGAGUCCCCUGCAGCCGGCAGGCUCCAGCGCGGCGGCGGCAGCACCCAGCCCUCAGUGGCCACCACAGCUUUCUGCAGCUCCCGCUGCAGCUGAGAGCCGGAGCCCCGCGGGCACCUUGCAGGCAGCAUGUCAGCCCCGCCGGACCCCCAGGACCUGCUGCUGGCGGGCGCCAGCGGGCACUGGGCUGCGGCCGGGGCGGACCAGUUUGCAACUGGGGCUCCGCUGCGGGAUGGGGAUGGGGCUCAGCAGCGGGAGCAGCUGGUUUUCGGCUCCGCCAGGGAACACCCGCCCGUUGCCAUGGCGACUGCAUCCCCAGGUGGCAUGGCCUCAUCGCACCUCUUCGACUACGGCUCCACCACGGCCACGAACGGAGGUGACACCUCCUUCUACACGUCUCUGAUUUCAGAUGUCCACUACACCACUCCACGGGACUCCACCUACUUCACGGGCAUUUAUCAGCAGGAGAACAGCCCCAUUCCCUGCUCGGGCAGCACGGAAGGGUUUAAUACACUGGGGCAUCCUGUUCAAGAUGUGACUGGAUUUGAGUCCCGCGGCUUGUUUAGCUCAGAUUCGGGAAUAGAGAUGACUCCUGCAGAAUCUACUGAGGUCGAUAAAACCUUAGCAGACCCCAUGAAAGUAGAAGCUUAUAAAUAUAUGGACAUGAGUAGAUCAGAAGAAAUAAAAUACCAAGAAAAACGUGACCCAGACUCAGAAGCUGAGAGCCCAGGCCUUAUCGAUAAGUAUCAUGGAAUAUCAGCCAAGUCCGACCAAGCUGCUGAACCUCUGAGGAUGGAUUUGGAGGGCACAAAGGCAGCCAAAGAGCAAGAAGACCCACUUGAAGAUGAAAGAUUUGGUGAUCAGCACAGUGCCUCCGCAGUGACAGCGCCCGUGAAGAUCACCCUCACUGAGAUAGAAAGCACGGGGGAGCCUGCCAGCAAAGAGACGAGUCCAACUAAACCAGAAACCGGCCUGAAACCGAGCCACGAGGUGGUUCCAACCGUGACCGUGUCAGAGCCAGAGGACGACAGCCCGGGGUCCGUCACGCCGCCGUCGUCUGGCACAGAACCGUCCGGCUCAGAAUCGCAAGGCAAAGGCAGCCUGUCGGAGGACGAACUCAUCAGCGCCAUCAAGGAAGCCAAGGGCUUUUCCUUCGAGGGCUCGGAGGCGCCGCGGUCGGCGAGUCUCUCGGCCGAGAAGCCCGAGCAGCGGGCGAAGCCCGGGCGCCCCGCCGUGCCCUCGCCCCUCGACAACGAGGCCAGCAGCGCCGAGUCGGGGGACUCGGAGAUCGAGCUGGUCUCGGAGGACCCGCUGGCGGCCGAGGAAGCGCUGCACUCCAACUACAUGACCUUCAGCCACAUCGGGGGCCCCCCGCCGUCGCCCGCCUCCCCCUCCAUCCAGUACAGCAUCCUGCGGGAGGAGCGCGAGGCCGAGCUCGACAGCGAGCUCAUCAUCGAGUCGUGCGACGCCUCCUCGGCCUCCGAGGAGAGCCCCAAGAGGGAGCACGACUCCCCCCUGAUGAAGCCCCUCAUCAUGGACAUCAUCAAGGAAGAGAACGGCUCGCGGGCCGACCCCUCAGACUAUGAAGUAAGUAAAACGACAGAGAGCAGGAUGAACAGGGAAAACCUGGCAGAUUCUGCGUCCUACCUGAAAUGCUCUUUUGUCGCACCGAAAGCGAGCGCCGAGCCCCCGACCUCGGCCGUCAGCACCGAGGAGCUGAAGGAGAGAAUAACCCUGAAGAAACCCAUAGAAGAAACAGUCGUUAACCAAAGCAAAGUGUCUUCCAAGGACUCUGGGAAAAGAAGUCCCUUGGCUUCACCCCUGCUGCCAUUUUUGAAUAAGCAGAAAGCUAUCGAUCUGUUGUACUGGCGUGACAUCAAGCAGACAGGGAUAGUGUUCGGGAGCCUCCUGCUGCUGCUCUUCUCCCUGACCCAGUUCAGCGUCGUCAGCGUCGUGGCCUACCUGGCCCUCGCCGGUCUCUCAGCCACCAUCAGCUUCAGAAUCUACAAAUCGGUCCUACAGGCCGUGCAGAAGACGGAUGAGGGCCAUCCUUUCAAAGCCUACUUGGAGAUGGAAAUGAAUCUUUCACAGGACCAGAUUCAGAAAUACACAGACUGCCUCCAGCUAUACGUCAACAGCACAGUCAAAGAGCUGAGGAGACUCUUUCUUGUUCAGGACCUCGUGGAUUCCUUAAAAUUUGCAGUACUAAUGUGGCUGCUGACUUACGUGGGAGCCCUCUUCAAUGGCCUGACUCUUCUGAUAAUGGCUGUGGUGUCUAUGUUUACUCUACCUGUUGUAUAUGACAAGUACCAGGCACAGAUUGAUCAAUACUUGGGACUUGUGCGGACCCACAUAAACACUGUUGUGGCAAAGAUUCAGGCUAAAAUCCCAGGUGCUAAGAGAAAGGCAGAGUAAAGCAGACAUCAAGAACAUCAUCAACUACAGUAGUGAAUAAUGGGGGAAUCUGGAGUGAAAUAUCUCUGUUCUUACACCUUACUGCAAAAUUAUUGUUCUUUUUUUUCUCAACAUCAUAAUCUUAGAAACAUAAAAAUCAGAAGCAGUGCUUUUCCCCUGCUGCUUCUGCACUUAGAAUAUUUGCAAUCACUUGUGUCAAGCACUAAAGUAUAGUAAAGAGAAAAGUGUACUAGAUGUGUUUUUUUGUGUUGCUUAUAAAGUGCAUGAUGGUGAGAGCCUAAAUAAUAUUGACCUUUUUUAUUUUAUUUUUUUAGUGUUUUUCCUUCUUCUAUUGGCAUCGCUUCUAUAACUUUUAAUGUUACAUGUGGCUAGGGGCUUUCCUGCUUAGCGCACUGAUGCAAUAGUUAAAAUUGCUUCUACGUCACUGGGUUGCUGGUUGGAUUCAUCUUUAUUAACUAUAUAGAAUUGUAGACUGAUGUUUUAGUGUUUUCCAGCACAAAUAAAAUAAACAGUAAUCAGUACUUAUAGUAAUCAGUUUUGUAUAACUCAAAAAAAUGAAAACAAAACCCAGUACUUUUGUCGUAAGGGAUUGACAGGCUAAUUUACAUGUAUGGUAACUGGAAAGUUCCAGCUUGUUAAAUUUAUUACAAUUUGUAUUACAUUCUCUGUAGUUCCUAAUGGACUUAAUUAUGGACUCUGAAUAUUUGCACUUAUGUACUUGAUACCGAAUGCAGAAAUAAAUGUUACUAAAUGUAAAAA